AUGGGUCGCCCUCUUUACUCUAAAGCUUUCCAGACAGAGCCUAUCAUCAGAGAGCCAGAGGCUCCUUGUCCAUACCAAAAAUGGUCGCAUAUCAACGCUUUUGAUCCAGACUCGGACGAGUUUUUUGAAAACGACCAGGCAGUUUACGAGGCCUUCGUUGACCACUUGCCUAUAGAGCACUCUGAAGAUGAAGAGAUGGAAGAAGACAGAGAAGCCGUAGUUAUCCGACUAGACCUCACCGGUGAGGGUAGUCUUCUAGACCGUGACAGCCCAAUGGCUGUUGGCGGCGAUAGCCUGGCCCAGUACAUUGGUCAGGCCUACCGAAGGCAGGCUCCAGAGGUGGAAACACCCGUUCGGGUUCUAUCGCGCGAAUCAACAGGGAUCAAUUCUUCGCGGGAUUUGAUGGCACCAUCAGACACACCUCCACAGCCAAUACCUGCCGCGCAGCUACACAAUAUCUUUAAUCACGUUCAUCAUGAACCUCGGGAUGAACUCCCCCUUCCAAUCCCCAGCGCACCUAUUCCUGUUCCCAGUAGAAACUCCCAGCACUCUUCAUCUGCUGAGGGUUUAUCUUUCUCCUCAUUCUACCACCACCAACUAUCAUCGACACCACCUCCACGUCACACAUCAUUGUCUCAUUUUUCUCCAUCACCGCCUCCCACGGUCUCACCGCGUAUCUACACCUGGGCGCCUCGUCGCCAGACAUAUUCGCCAGCCGCCACAAGCCCUCUUCCUAACAAUAAUGCACGCAUGUCUCAUGCUCAUAUUUCCCCCGCACUCGUCCGUGUCCGUGACGUCAUGGCUUAA